AUGCAUCGCUCGACCAACCACAGUAAUAGCAGUGCCUUCAGUCCCAAUGCCAACCCCAAUGAAGAUUGGACCAAGAUCUCCGAUCUGGCGGAGCGGCGACGGAUUCAGAACCGUAUCGCGCAGCGCAACUACCGGAAAAAAUUGAAACGUCGACUGGAAGAUCUGGAGCGCCGGGCAGCGUCCUCGACAUCACCCGAGCCUUCACCGGCGGAACCCAUCACGCCCGCCAAAGCCACCUCCAGCAAGCCUCGCACCAAGACAUCACGACCUCUCAAGUCCGCAGAGAACCGGACACUGGCCGCAGCACACGGCUCAUCCAGUGACCGCGUGAUUUCUCAAGACGCCCACCCAAACCCGCCCGAUGAGCGCAAUAUGUUUGCUCAACAGUGCACUCGUCAAUUGACCGCCUCACCACCUCCCACCCUUGCCUAUCCUCCACUCUCCUCCUUUGACACAUACCGACCCAGCUAUCCGCCAAUGCCGGUCUAUCACACCGUGCCCGGCAUGCACGGAGAUGUUCACUACGCCAGUUACGGGGAACAUGCCCCAACAGUCCCCCAUGGUCAGCGGUCUGGGGAUGCACCGCAAGCCGUGCCCUUGCUCUCCUAUGGCUACCCUCACGACAUGACGCACGGUUCUCAUCACGGUGCCAAUCCCAGUCAUCCUCCCAGUCUCAGCCAUGGUCAUCGUGCAGCUUCUACGUCCACCGCUUCCCCCGAAACGUCCUAUUUCACCUUUCCUCCGACGCCCGAGUCUCCUCCGUGCUCUCCACGCUCCAUGCCGGGCUUUUUGGACUAUGAGCUGCAUCAAUCGUGA